UACGGUCCUUAAUACAAUACCCAUCUGAAUGAUUCUCAGAUACGGCGCAUACGGCAGAUCUACUAUUCUCAAUACACCAAUACAUCAAUACAUCAGUACAUCAAUGCAUCAAUAGAAUUGACUACUUAACCUUUGCAUCGCGACAUCGCAUACACAACAACUCUCGAUACCUACCUAGUAGUCAAGUCCAUUCAGAUCAUCGGAUUCUUGAAUUGUUUUGCGACCUCUCGCAUACUUAACAGCAUCUCUCUACCUUCUAUCACAUCAUAAACAUGGCACCGCAAGACCCCCCUCUUGAUGAGAUACAAUGGAGCCAUCCAAUGUGGCUUGCUGGGAAUUCAGGUCUUCAUGAAAAUACCGUUCUUCAUUACUUUGCGCAGUCACCAUUUUUUGAUCCCACCUCGAAUAAUGCAGUCCUGACGACUCAAGCUUCGCUCAAUCCAAACAUGAUGUACAUCCUUGGCACUCGUAGUGCUUUUGAGAGCCGACUCAAAACUAUGUCUGGACUGGAAUUUUUAGUUGCGCAAGAACCUGCAGAGAUGGCCCCGGGUACUGGCACUGGAGUAUGGGUAAUUAGCAAGCAAACGAGAAGAAAGAGAGCUCAAGACGACGAUGAAAUUACAAAACAUGCAUCGUAUUUUGUAGUGGGAGAGAAUAUUUAUAUGGCUCCUACUGUCGCAGAUGUACUGGGCAGUAGAAUGUUAUCAAUCUUCACCUCACUCACCAAUGCCAUUUCGAAAGCAUCCGAAUUACCCAAUUUUUCUCCCUCUCUCGGUCAUACAUAUAUGCCACCAGUUCCACCUCGAGCAAAAGCCAUCGCAUCAGCUUUCUCUCAGGCUUCCAAAGAGAAUACACCAUUGCCCGAUUCCCUUGCAACUGAAGCCAAGAAUCCCUCCACAAAUAUCUCCAACAACGUACUCGCAAAUCAUCUUCUUGAAGAAACUCUUAACAUAUCGCUCAGAUAUGGCGAUGAAUAUAUGGAUGAGAAUCCUAUUACCGGAACUCCAGGUGAUUUCCAUUUUAGCACAACCGGUCGAAAGGAAAAAGAAAAGCUUAUGGUACCACCAACAUCAAAACCAGCAGGCUUUGGCCUGAGUGGUAAACCUGCACCUCCUACUCCCUUAAAAACAGAUUUGGGCAUGCCAAAGAAAGGAAAUAAGGGAGAGAAGAGCCCUAGAACUCCAGGAUCAGGAAAACCUAAAAGAAGAAAGAGUAAAGUGAUGAAUGGAGGGGUGAGUCCUACAUAGAAUGGACAAAGGUUUCAGAUACGGACCAGUUGUAGAGUACAUCACCUACAUAUAAGGGUUUCAAGGCGUUAUGGAGGAUAUACCAAUACCGAACAAAGUAAUAGAAUCGGACAAACUCAUAUAAUAACGAUACAAUGAAGAAAUAAUCACAUCAUAUACAU